UCAAAGAUUGUCAUUUUACGUCAAACAUGUGUCACACAAAGAAUCUGUUGAUUAUUGGUCUCUGCUGUUGAUGUUUAGCAUGGAUUGUGCGGUCUUUAUCUUACCAUACGGCAAAGUGAAUAACGAUCUCUUUGUCACACAAAAUAUUUACACAUUCUUAUAUUCAUUUCCUACAUUUACCAUUUCCUCAAAAGGGAAUCUUUAUCAAAAAACUAUAUUACAAACAUUUUAAGAAAAACAAUGAUGAUAACAUCAAUAACACGGCUGCAAGAGUAAUUUGUUCUACAGAUACAGUGAAUACUCAUUGAGUUAUAGUGUUUGGUGUACGAUGGUGGAGCCGGAGAAGCCGUUCGCCUGCACGAUCCCGGACUGUGGCAUGACGUUCACGAAUGAGGACCACCUGCACGUCCACACCAAGAAGCACGACAUGGUGCUGCAGCUCGGAUUGGAGCAAAAAGCUGUUUUUGUCGCGGACCAAACCCCAACACCAACCAGGUUUAUUAGGAACUGUGAGGAAGUGGGGCUGUUCCAAGACCUGCAGAAUGUCAACCCGUUUGAGGAGGGCUUCAAGAGGGCCAUGGAGGCAAAACACAAUCUACUGUCUUUGGAGAAUACGAUAACCACAACAUCAACAACUGAUGAGUUGCACACACCCCAGAUGUUUCCGCUGCUUGAUGCCGGAGAUACCACCCUGUACAGCACCACUAACAACCAGCGGAAUAUCACAAUUAGUAGAUCAUCCAGUGAUGAAUCAGGGGUGAUAAAAGAGUUUGAGACAACAACAAUAUCCAAACUGACAAAUGAAGUAACAACUAUCAGCAGGGUGGUGGAGAAACACGACGACCCCAAAGACGAAAUACUCAAAGAUGGAGUCAGGAAAGACUGCAUAUCAUACAACAGUGCCACUAAAGUCCAGACAGAAACCAAGACAGAACACAUGCAGAAGAACUCCAUACAAACAUUAAUAUAUGAGGAUACAAUAGUCAAAAACAAUAUUUCUAAAGAUGUUUUACUGACAGAUACAAGUAAAUUACAGUUGCCAGAUAUACCACCGAUUAUGAGUCAAAAAUCAAUAGAAUAUGUAGUGGAUAGCCUGACGAACGAUUUGUGCAAUGAAUCUAAGAAAGCAGAUGAGGAUAAGAAUGAUAAUUAUGAAGUUAUAAUUAAAUUGCCCAAUGGAAGACAGGUCAGAAUGCGCUCAGUUGAAGAGAAUGAAAGGAGGAAUAACGCAAAGGAGAAAUUAAAAGAAGUUUUAAAAGAGAAAGACAAGCCUGUGAUGCAGAAAGUGUGUUUAGUGAACAAUAAUGUUAGCUCAGUGCCUGUGGUCUCAAAUAUAGUUCCGAUAACCACUGGGACAUUGAUCCCUGUUACAUUAGUGAGUCCCCCCACUCCAGUAGUGCCUAAAAUACCCAUAGCCCCAUUGAAAACUACGAAAGUGACAAAAAGGCCAGUGAAGAGAAGACAUUUAGUGAGUGAGAAAGGGAAGGAGAGUAUUGGGUCUGCAGAUAGGUGUAGUGAUAAUGGUGUUGAUGAUAAUUUUAACAAGAAUAAGAAGUUUAGUGACAUGGAGAGUAAAUGUGCUGCUUCGAGGAGAUAUAGGGCGCGAUUAAAAGACGCUUGGAUUCAGCAGGCGCAAGAGAACCAGCAGUUAAAGGAGGAAAACGAAAAACUGUUAGCUGAGAAGGCCAUGCUCAAGUUACUCAUCAUAGAACAUAUGAGGAAAUGUCCAGAUGCCGAUGAUUUUAGUAAGAUCAUUUUGUACUAAGGGCAUUUGUAAUGGUGGAGCUCUACAUGAAAAAUUCCAACAACCCGAUAAUCCAGAAUGAAACUAUUGCCCAGAAGAUGUUGCAGAAUACGAAAGCGACCAACCAUAGCUGUAAAUCUCUAUAACAAAACUUGGACUCAUAAAAAGUUUUAAUAAUUGGCAAAGGAUUACAAUCUUUGCUUCUCAUUUAAUAUGAUAAAGAUUUAUUGACUACAUUUGAUAAUUAUUUACGUCUUGUAUAAACAACGUUUGUGUUACAAAAGAUCCACAUGCAUAUUAAAGUUCAUAGGACCCGUAAGUGGAAGCUAUCUCUGUAAUUUUAUUCCAGAAUGUGGAGCAAGUUGAAGUGUUGGUUUUACAACAUACCAGUUUUAUACCAUUGAGAUUUUAUAUAGAAAAAUAUUAGAUAAACCCUCAUAAGACUGUAUCUUGCUUAUUUAUGCUUUCUAUAAUUCCUAACUCUCAUGGUGGUGUAAACUUUAACGUGGGCGCGAAAAUAUAUUACCCUAAACUGUGCCCUAAUAGUUUGCCUGCUCAUGUUUGACGCCAUAUUGAACGAACGAUAUAUCUUUUGUUCCUCCAAUAUAGAGUCCAUUAAACGAUAUAUUCAGAAACAAUUGAGGUGUGAUUGUGCUGACCGUCGACAAAGAGCAAUAACAUCACAUUUAGAUAUCAUUUACUCUGAAAGUGGUUAAUUUAUUGUUAAUUAAAUUAUAAUGAAUUCCAUUUUAACGCCAUCUAUGAAUUUAUGUUAAUCAUUCCGUUUGUAUGACUGUAUUAUUUAUUGUUGCAUGAUGAAUAGAAUGUUUAUUUUUUA